UGUCUGCUAUCCUGCCACGUCCGACGCCACCUCCUUGUGAUGCGGAGCCACUUGUUAGUCAAUUCAACACAGCUGUUAGCACGCUGAGCACCUGCAGGAGAUCGCACCGCCAUCAUCAUCAUCGUCGUCACCACCAUCAUCAUCAACAGCAUAAGACCCUCCCCUCCUCUUCAUCAUCCAUCUCUCUUUCACCUCUCCCCGCUCUGCCCACUCCGCCCGCUGAUUGGCUGAGCAGCGGCGAGCGGCGGGAUGCGCACUUCAUCAGCUGGCGAGUGCACGUCGGCUCCCGGAGCAAGCAGCUGAGCCAGACGGACCCUCUCCCGCUCCAUCCUUUUCCCGGACCCCUACCGCCAGGAUAAUCGGCCAGCGUGACGAGUAGCUUUUCGCCUGUGAGCGGAAGAUACCGUUGAAGGUUUGAGUGUCAGGAGGAACGGAGAUCUCCACGCCUGCGCUGGCUUACCUUUCAGGACCUUGGCCAUGAUGCUCCGCGGGUGAAGUCGCGUGGAUGCUGCCGCCGCCUCUGCCGGGAGCGCUCUAAGUUUGGAAGUUGACGCGCGUGCACGCCAGGUGGACUGAAUGGAGUAAGGAGGAUUGCUCAAGCGGGACGACGGAAGGAGGGCCGGGUGACAAAAAGUGCCGAAAAGUGGGGUGAAGGCAUGCGGGCAGCAUGGAACGGGUGAGGGAGCAGCGGCCGUUCUGCUCGCUCUCCAAGAGCCAGCGAGAGCACCGCGAGCGAGGCGGAGACCCCGAAAGCGAGUAUCGUUACAGCGUGGAGCGAGAGGAGACCAUCCGCGACGCCGGGACGCCAUCCUGCCGCGUACCCACGCAAAAGUCAUACAGCUCGAGUGAGACGCUUCAGGCCUUCGAGCAUGACCCGGCGCGUAUGCUCUUUGGGGGCCGGGUCAAGGACAUGGUCCGCCAGGAUAGCGCCGAAUACAGCCGGCCAGGGCAGACGUUCUCGCUGAGGCAGCUCGGCAUCUGCGAGCCCCGCCGAGGCCUGGCGCUAUGCCCCGAGACGGGCCUGUCGCACCCGCUCGGCACCUACGCCAGGGGUCCCGCGGUCACCUCUGAAGGACGCGAACCGCAGUCCCCGGAACGAACCGUCGCGCUUUGGGGCAAAGGGGGCCACAACUCGUGCCUCUCCAGUCGCUCCAACUCAGCGCUGACGCUCACCGACACGGAAAUGGACAACAAGUCGGACAACGAGAUGGGCGACCAUCUGUCCAGUCCUCAGGGUCCUCCCCCCCUGCCGCCUGCUCCCCCGCCGCCGCCCCAUAAGCAGCACCCCUCCAUCACGUCCCUGAGCCGCGGCUCGCUGGCCAAUCAGAGGGCCGCGAGCCCGCCGCCCGCUGCCGGCCUGGCGGCCGAUUUGCAGAGCACGGCGGAAUGCGUCCAGCUGCAGGACAGCUGGGUGCUGGGCAGCAAUGUGGCCCUGGAGAGCCGGCAUUUCCUGUUUAAGACUGGCACGGGAAGCACCCCGUUCUUUGGCGCAGCGGCCCCAGGCUACACCAUGGCAACGGGGACUGUGUACUCUACGCCAGCACGGCCGCUACCCCGUGGCAGCCUGUCCCGCGGCGCCUUCAAGUUCAAGAAGUCACCCAAGCACUGCUCCUGGAAGUGCACCGCCCUGAUCGCGGUGGCUGUUGCUGUGCUGCUUUCGGUCAUUCUCUGCUACUGCAUAGCGAUGCACCUUUUUGGCCUCAAUUGGCAGCUGCAGGAGUUGGACAGCCAGCCGGCGUUUGAAAACGGCGGAGUCGGGAAGGCUGGUCCCACACCGUCCAGCGCCGUCACGGCCCUCGCCGCCGAUGGAAGAACAAGCGUUCUACACCAGGAGAACAACUCUUUGGACUCUGGGCCUGUGGACGUUGGGAAGAGGGCGGGCCAAACCGUGCCACCAGGCGUGUUUUGGCGGUCCCAACUCAGUGUAGACAAGCCGUGCUUUCUCAAGUUCAACAUCUCUGUGCAGAAAAACGCCCUGAUCGGUGUAUAUGGGCGCAAGGGUCUCGCACCGUCUCACACGCAGUAUGACUUUGUCGAGCUCCUGGACGGCAGCCGACUCAUCGCCAGCGAACACCGCGCCUCGAGCGAGCCCGAGAGGGUAGCCCGCCCUGAGCACCAGGUGGUGGUCCACCAGGCGGGGUUCAUCCAGCAGUUUGACGCCGGCGUGUGGCACCUGGCUUUCUACAACGACGGCCGCACCGUGGAGACAGUGUCCUACAAUGCAAUUGUUCAAGAGUCUGUCACCGAGUGCGCACACAACUGCUACGGGAACGGAGAGUGCAUGGCGGGUUCCUGUCACUGCUUUCCAGGAUUCAUUGGACCGUACUGUUCUAGAGCUGCCUGCCCCGUUCUGUGCAGUGGUAAUGGCCAGUACACUCGGGGGCGCUGCCAGUGUUACAGUGGAUGGAAGGGCACCGAGUGUGAUGUAGCCUCAGGCCAAUGCGUGGACCCUCAGUGUGGAGGUCACGGAGUGUGCGUGGCUGGAAAUUGUGUUUGCAACACCGGCUGGAGGGGAAGCAACUGCGAACAAGUGGACUGCACGGACCCAAAGUGCUCUGGACAUGGCACUUGUCAUCACGGCGAGUGCCACUGCAACCCGGGCUGGGGCGGAAUCAGCUGCGAGAUCCUGAAGAGCACUUGUCCCGAGCAGUGCUCCAGUCACGGGACAUUCAACAUCGACUCUGGGAACUGUGUCUGUGAGGAUAACUGGACCGGUGCCGAUUGCUCCAUAGAGGUCUGCGUGGUGGACUGCGGCCCUCACGGCUCAUGCUUGGGCGGCUUGUGUCACUGCGAGGAGGGCUGGGCAGGUGCAGAGUGCGAGCAAAGGGACUGUCACCCGCGCUGCAUCGACCACGGGGUGUGUCGCGAGGGCAAGUGUGAAUGCCACCAAGGCUGGACGGGCGAGCACUGCACCAUCGCCCUGGAUUCCAGAGUGUCAGGAGCAGUCAAGAUAGGAUUUAAAGACGGCUGCCCGGGCCUGUGCAACAACAACGGGCGCUGCGUCUUGGAUCAGAAUGUCUGGCACUGCAUCUGCCAGCCAGGAUGGCGGGGCCUGGGCUGUGACGUCGCCACAGAGACGCUCUGCUCGGACGGCAAGGACAACGAGGGAGACGGUCUGGUGGACUGCAUGGACCCGGACUGCUGCGCUCAGAUCUCCUGCCAGGGUCAGACGUACUGCAAAGGCUCGCAGGACCCGACUGCUGCCGCCGCUGCCUCACUUGGCCAGAAUUCGGCCGGCCAUCCCGCCUCCAAGAGCUUCUAUGAUCGUGUGGCAUUCCUAAUGGGGCCCAGCGGGAGUCAUGUGGUACCGGGGGAGAACCCCUUCAACAGCAGCCUGGUGUCAGUCAUCCGUGGUCAGGUCCUCACCGGAGACGGAACUCCGCUGAUCGGAGUCAACGUGUCAUUCCUGCACUACCCCGAGUAUGGCUCCACUGUCACCAGACAGGAUGGCAUGUUCGACCUGCUAGCAAACGCCGGUGCGUCGCUAACCCUGAUGUACGAGCGAGCGCCAUUCCCGAUACUGCGCCGGACCGUUUGGAUCUCUUGGAACGUAUUUCACGUGAUGGACACGGUGGUGAUGCGUCACAAGGAGAACAAUGACAUCCCUGGCUGCUAUCUGACGGGUCUGAGCCGGCCCGAGCCACUUGUAAUGGCCACGCCGCUCUCUACCUUAUACAAAACGUCACCAGAAGACAGCCCAGUCAUCCCAGAGACGCAGGUUCUUCACGAGCAAGUGGCUAUCCCGGGUAGCGAACUCAACCUGGUUUACCUGAGCUCACGGGCGUCUGGCUACAAGCCUCUCCUCAAGGUUUUGCUCACCCAGGAACGUCUGCCCUUUGGCCUGAUGAAGGUGCACCUGAUGGUGGCCGUGAUGGGUCGGCAGCUGCAGAAAUCUUUCCCGGCAUUCCCUGACCUAUCCUACACCUUCAUCUGGGAUAAGACAGACGCCUACAGCCAGAAAGUCUACGGCUUGGCAGAGGCUGUGGUGUCAGUGGGCUAUGAAUACGAGUCGUGUCUAGACGUAGUGCACUGGGAGAAGAGGACUGCAGUACUCCAGGGUUACGAGGUGGAUGCAGCCAACAUGGGAGGAUGGAAUCUGGACAAGCACCACGUUCUCGAUGUUCAGAACGGCAUUCUGUACAAGGGAACCGGCGAGAACCAGUUCAUCUCGCUGCAGCCACCAGUCAUUUCCACCAUCAUGGGCAACGGCCGCCGCCGGAGCAUCUCGUGCCCGAGUUGUAAUGGCCAGGCACUGGGCAACAAGCUGCUGGCACCUGUGGCCUUAGCGUGGGGCAUCGAUGGCAGCCUCUAUGUGGGUGACUUCAACUACAUCCGACGCAUCUACCCAUCGGGCAAUGUCACCAGCAUCAUGGAACUCAGAAAUAAAGACUUUAGACACAGCAACAACCCAGCACACCGCUACUAUCUAGCCACCGACCCGGUCACAGGCCAACUGUACGUGUCAGACACCAACUCACGGCGGAUCUACCGGCCAAAAAGCUUAUCUGGAACCAAAGACCUGCAGGCUAACGCUGAGGUUGUGGCCGGGACCGGAGAACACUGCUUGCCCUUUGACGACAACCACUGUGGGGAUGGCGGCAAAGCUCCUGAGGCCGCGCUCACUGGACCCAAAGGCAUCGCCGUAGACAAGAACGGCCUGAUUUACUUCGUGGACGGCACCACCAUCCGCAAGGUGGACCAGAACGGCGUCAUCUCCACCUUCCUGGGCUCCAACGACCUGACGUCAGCGCGACCGCUCACUUGUGACGACAGCAUGGACGUCAGUCAGGUUAUUCUGGAGUGGCCCACAGACCUGGCAGUGAGCCCGAUGGACAAUUCGCUCUAUGUACUGGACAACAAUAUAGUGCUGCGCAUCACCGACAACGGCCAAGUGAGCAUCGCGGCAGGACGCCCUGUUCACUGCCCGCUCUCCAUAUCAGAACGCGGCAUCGCCUCCAGCGGCCAAAGAGCACAGUUCACCCCGCUGGAGUCCGCGGCGUCCAUCGCCGUCUCCUAUCACGGCGCAAUCUACAUCGCCGAGACGGACGAGAGAAAGCUCAGCCGCAUCCGCAAGGUCUCGGUAGACGGCGAGAUCAUGCACUUAGCCGGGGCGCCAUCGGACUGCGACUGCAAGAACGACGCCAACUGCGACUGUUACCAAGCGGGCGACGGCUACGCCAAAGACGCCAGGCUCAACGCGCCGUCUUCUCUGGUGGCCGCACCGGACGGGACACUCUACGUGGCCGACCUUGGCAACAUCCGUAUCCGGGCAGUGUCUCGUAACGGUCCGGUGCCGACGUCCAACGGCUAUGAGGUGGCGUCCCCGGAUGCUCAGGAGCUGUACGUGUUUGACGGUAACGGCACGCAUCAACACACGGCCAGCUUACUCACCGGAGACUUCAAGUACACCUUCAGCUACAGCACGGAUAGCGACAUUACGGCGGUGACGGACAGUAACGGAAACACGCUGAGGAUACGCCGAGACUCCAGCCGAACUGCGGUGCGCAUCGUAGCGCCAGACAACCAGGUCAUCUGGCUCACCAUGGCCACCAAUGGUGGGCUGAGGUCUCUCACGGCGCAGGGAAAGGAGUUGGUUCUGCUCACCUACCACGGCAACAACGGGCUGCUGGCCACCAAGACCUCCGAAAUCGGAUGGACCACCUUCUACGACUACGACAGCGAGGGCCACCUAAUGAAUGUGACCUUCCCCACCGGCAUGGUGAACAACCUCUACACAGACAUCUACAGCGCCCUUACCGUGGACAUCGAGAGCUCCCUUAGCGAUGAGGAGAUCAGCAUCACUACCAACACUUCCAGCAUCCACGCCUACUACACCCUUUCCCAGGACCAAUGCAAAAGCAGCUAUCAAGUGGGCUUUGAUAACUCACUGCGUGUCACGUACGCCAACGGGAUGGACACCCACUACCAGACCGAGCCUCACAUCCUGGCAGGGGCCGCCAAUCCGACGGUGGCCCGGCGCAACAUGAGCUUGCCAGGCGAGAGCGGGCAGAAUCUAGUGGAGUGGCGAUUCCGCAAGGAGCAAGCGCGAGGGAAGGUCAUUGUGUUCGGACGCAAGCUACGGGUAAACGGACGAAACAUCCUCUCUGUCGAUUACGACCGCACCCUGAGGACGGAGAAGAUUUACGAUGACCACAGAAAGUUUCUCUUGAAGAUCAUAUACGACACAGCGGGGCACCCAGUGCUGUGGUUACCCAGCAGUAAGCUGCUACCAGUCAAUGUAAGCCGUACCAGCAAUGGGCAGAUCAGUACCCUGCAGAGGGGUCCUACCACUGAGAAGCUAGGCUACGAUGCGCAGGGACGCUUGGUGUCGCGGGUGUUCGCCGACGGGAAGAUAUGGAGCUACACCUACCUGGAGCAGUCUAUGGUCCUGCUGCUCCACAGUCAGCGCCAGUACAUCUUUGAUUUCGACUCUCUGGACCGCCUCUUGGGCAUCACCAUGCCGAGCGUAGCCCGCUACACCAUGCAGACGGUGCGCUCAGUGGGUUACUACCGUAACCUCUACCACCCUCCAGAGAGCAAUGCUUCUGUAGCCGUGGACUACAGCGAGGACGGCCUCCUGCUCAGAAUCUCCCACUUCGGCACCGGUCGCCGUGUGCUCUACCAUUAUCGACGCCAAAACAAAUUGUCGGAAAUCCUGUACGACAGCACGCGAGUCAGCUUCACCUACGACGAGACCGCGGGCGUCUUGAAGACGGUCAACCUUCAGAGCGACGGCUUUAUCUGCUCCAUCCGAUACCGGCAGGUGGGACCUCUUGUAGACCGACAGAUAUUUCGCUUCAGCGAGGACGGUAUGGUGAACGCCCGCUUCGACUACACCUACGACAACAGCCUGCGCGUCACUAGCGUGCAAGGCGUUAUCAACGAGACACCUCUGCCCAUUGACCUCUACCAGUUUGACGACAUCUCUGGAAAAAUGGAGCAGUUCGGCAAGUUCGGAGUUAUCUACUACGACAUCAAUCAGAUCAUCUCCACGGCAGUGAUGACCUACACCAAGCAUUUCGACGCACACGGCCGCAUCAAGGAAAUCCAAUACGAGAUCUUCCGCUCACUCAUGUACUGGAUCACCUUCCAGUACGACGACGUGGGUCGUGUCACCCGGCGAGAGAUCAAGAUCGGGCCCUUUGCUAACACUACCAAGUACGGCUAUGAGUAUGACGUGGACGGCCAGCUGCAGACUGUGUACCUGAACGAGAAAGUGACCUGGCGAUACACAUACGACCUCAACGGCAAUCUUCACCUGCUCAACGCCGGGAACAACGCAAGACUCCUCCCCCUACGCUACGACCUCAGGGACCGCAUCACCCGUCUCGGAGACAUUCAGUACCGCAUGGACGAAGACGGCUUUCUCCGUCAGAGAGGUGCGGAGAUCUUCGAGUACAACUCCAAGGGGCUCCUAGUGCGGGUGUACAGCAAAAGCAGCGGGUGGGCCAUCCAGUACCGCUACGACGGGCUCAGUCGAAGGGUCUCCUCCAAGACCAGUCUGGGCCAGCACUUGCAGUACUUUUACGCCGAUUUAAGCUACCCGGCCCGGAUCACGCACGUCUACAACCACUCGAGUUCAGAGAUCACUUCGCUGUACUACGACCUACAAGGCCAUCUAUUCGCCAUGGAAAGAAGCAGUGGCGAGGAGUUCUACAUCGCUUGCGACAACACCGGAACUCCUCUGGCUGUCUUCACCAGCAACGGUCUUCUGGUUAAGCAGCUGCAGCACACGGCCUACGGCGAGGUCUACUUCGACUCCAAUCCCGAUUUCCAGCUAGUGCUGGGCUUCCACGGAGGUCUGUACGACCCGCUCACUAAGCUGCUGCACUUCGGCGAGAGGGACUACGACAUCAUGUCUGGCAGGUGGACAGUGCCGAACGUUUCAACCCUGAGGGACGUCGGUAAAGAGCCGGCGCCUUUUAACCUCUACAUGUUCCGUAAUAACAACCCCAUCAGCAAAGUCCAAGAAGUGAGAGAAUAUGUGGCAGAUGUAAACAGCUGGCUGGUAACAUUUGGCUUUCACCUCCACAAUACCAUUCCUGGGUUUCCGGUGCCCAAGUUUGACAGCAGUUUGCCGUCGUACGAGCUGAGUAAAAGUCAGCUGUGGGAUGAUUUGCCGUCCAUUUCGGGGGUGCAGCGUGAAGUCACCCGUCAGGCUCAGUCGCUGCUGUCCUUUGAGCGUCUGCCUGAGGUCCACCUACGGCGAGGCCGUCGGGGCGAGAAGCCUUGGCUGUGGUUCUCCGCGGCGGGGUCCCUCGUGGGCCGCGCCGUUAUGUUCGCCAUCUUCAAGGGUAGUGUGCACGCGCACACCCUCAACAUGGCGGGCGAGGACUGCGUCAAGGUGGCGGGCAUCCUCAACAACGCUUUCUACCUAGAGGAGCUCCACUUCACGGUAGAAGGUCGGGAUACGCACUACUUCGUCAAGCCGGGGCUACCCGACAACGACCUGGCCACCCUGCACCUGACCAGCGGUCACAAGACGUUAGAAAAUGGCGUCAACAUCAGCGUGUCGCAGUCCACCACCGUCAUGGACGGACGCACGCGCCGCUUCGCCGACGUGGAGGUGCGCACCGGAGCAUUGGCGUUGCACGUACGCUACGGCGCCACCGUAGACGAGGAGAAGGCCCGCGUGACCGAGCUGGCCCGUCAACGGGCCUUGGCGGGUGCCUGGGCGCGCGAGCAGAGGCGUUUGCGCGACGGUGAGGAGGGCGGCCGGCCGUGGACGGAGGGCGAGAAGCGGCAGCUGCUGAGCGGGGGUAAGGUGCUCGGCUACGACGGCUACUACGCCCUCUCCGCCGAGCAGUACCCCGAGCUGGCGGACAGUGCCGACAACAUCCACUUUCUGAGGCAAAAUGAAAUCGGGAAGAGGUAACAGAACGUUAAGGAGACGUGACUGCUCAUGUUGUACGCCACUCGCAAAAAGUUGGCUCUUUAUUUUAGGAUAAACCUCAAAUGCACUACAAUAAUGAGCCCGUUUAUCACUGCAGAUAAUGUUCCAGACCUGCCCGCAAGAGAGUGGUUCCUUGACUUGUAGGUUCAAUUCUAUCUGUGACCAAGCUCAUGACUCAAUGUUCUUCUGCAGUGUAUCCCUGCAUAUUUGCGGCUCGGAACCUGAAACCCUGAUAGCUGAUUUUAUUUUUUUGGGAUGGUGUGCGGUUAAAAUCUUUGCUUUUCCAACAGAAAAUACAAAGGCACUUUUGAGGAGAAAUUCAAUACAUUUUCACCACAGCAAACUAUUUUGAUGGCGCGUUUUAAAACAUUUUCACCUAAAGAUUGUUCAAAUUCUCUCUCUUCUGAUUUCCGUACUUCAUGAUGAAGGCAGACUGAUUAUAUUUGUUAUUUAUCAACAUAUGUUAUGUUGAUUUGCAAACAUCUGGUUUUAAAAAACAUACAUUUGCAUAGUACAGUGGUACCUUGUCAUACAAUCGCUUCGACACACGAUCUUCUCGACCUCCAACGUCAAAUUUGACUCGCCAUUUGUUUCUACAUCCGACGGCAUGCUCGAAAUACGACGAUUUAUGACAUCGCCGCAGUUUCUUUGUUUUCCCGCAAGAGGGUCGCACGGCGGAUUUUCUUGUGAGUGAAAUCAACAUGGGUUGCAAGAAUGCUAGUGCGGGUGGUGAAAAAAGGAAAAAGGUGACGCUUACCAUAGAAAUGAAGAUGGAAAUGAUAGAAAAAAAUUAGGGCUGUCAAAAUUAUCGCGUUAACGGGCGGUAAUUAAUUUUUUAAAUUAAUCACGUUAAAAUAUUAACCUCAAUUAACGCACAUGCCGCACUCAAACAGAUUAAAAUGACAGCACAGUUCAAUGCCAAUUUGUUACUUGUGUUUUUUGGAGUUUUGUCGCCCUCUGCUGGUGGUUGGGUGUGACUGAUUUUAUGGGCUUAAGCACCCAUGAGCAUUAAUUAUUGACAUCAACAAUGGCGGGCUACUAGUUUAUUUUUUGAUUGAAAAUUUUACAAAUUUUAUUAAAACGAAAACAUUAAGAGGGGUUUUAAUAUAAAAUUUCUAUAACUUGUACAAACAUUUAUCUUUUAAGAACUACAAGUCUUUCUAUCCAUGGAUCGCUUUAACUGAAUGUUAAUAAUGUUAAUGCCAUCUUGUUGAUUUAUUGUUAUAGUAAACAAAUACAGUACUCAUGUACCGUAUGUUAAAUAUAGAUAUCCAUCUUGUGUCUUGUCUUUCCAUUCCAACAAUAAUUUACAGAAAAAUAUUGCAUAUUUUACAGAUGGUUUGAAUUGCGAUUAAUUACGAUUAAUUAAUUUUUAAGCUGUAAUUAACUCGAUUAAAAAUUUUAAUCGUUUGACAGCCCUAAAAAAAAAAAUAUGAGCGUGGUGUGCGCGUCCGUGAACUGACUCCCACAAUAACGCCGUAGAAUGUCUACGAUCUUGAAUGUCCUUCUCUGACGUCCGUUCGCCAGUCUUUAUAAGUUAAAGUGACAAUUAUUAGUAUUAUAUAAGGGUGUAACGGUACAUGUAUUUGUAUUGAACCGUUUCGGUACGUGGUGCUCGGUUCGGAACGGAGGCGUACCGAAUGAGUUUCUGACGUAAUGUAACCCUUUUCGAGGCUGUGAGUCGAUCGGGUUACAGUUUCUUUGUGUAGAUUAUAUUUAGUCCGUGUUCUCUACUAUAAUGAGGACCAACACGGUAGGACAGUAUAACCCAGAAAUGUCAAUGGCACGACAACGUGGCCGCCGCGAGAACGCAGAGAAACGCGGGCGUUAAAGUCAAUCAGCCAAUGCACACCAGUCGCAGUGCGGCCGCGUGUUAGACGCGUCCCAGAAGCGGCUCAACACGACGCACGCGAAAAGAAUGGCAGAGUUUAUUAUUUGACGCGAGACGCGACCCUCCUGCGUCAAUACUACUACCGGUAGCAAGGAUCGGGCAGACCGGAAGUCACUCGUGUAAAAAUACGGUGGAUCCGGUCGAUUUUCAAACUAAUAUGCAAUCGUAACCCACUGUUUGAGUCUGUCCAAUCUCUUGAGUGGUAGAUCAAGGCACAGUUGACUUGUCUUUGUUGAUUUACUGCUGUCUUCUCUGCUAUAAUGAUAACCAACACGGCCCCGUGUUCAAUACAAAACCCUCCUACCACAACAAAACAAGUAGGAACUAUAUUCACAUUGGAACUAAAGUUAUACAACAUAAAAUUUACAAUAUAAAUGAAUACUACAUCACAUUGGUAAAAUAUAAACACAUAAUAAAAUAAAUUAUAGCCCAUUUAAAUAAAAUACAUUGAAAUUAGCCAAAACACCUGUAAUUAAAUAAUACGAAUAAUACACAGAUCCUGCUUACACAAUUAAAUGCAUUAAUUUCUGUGUGGCGCUUUAACUAGAGAAAAUUCACCAACAAAGCUUUUGAAAACCGUUCAUGAGAAAAAAAAAUUAUUCAUUGAGGCAUUUCAUUUGUAAAAUACAUGUUAAAAUCUUUGUCAUUGGGAUUGCAUUUCUCUUAGGAUAGGACUUCUUUUUCUUCUUUCUUUCAGAAAGAAAGCUGACCAAUACGCGGGGUCUGAAAUUGUUGUUGGAUUAUCUUUAAAUACCCGCUACUUUUUGAGCAGAAUUCUAGCUUUGUAUAGGCUAAUGUUCCUAUUGUUGAAAGCACAAAGGUGAGAAAUAAACAACUAGCACAUUUAUAUUUUGCAUUUUGUCUUCUUACAGUACUGAAAAUGAACCGAACCGUGACCUCAAAACCAAGAUUUUUGUGUACCGUUACACCCCUAGUAAUAUAACAUCGCCAAAAAAAUCGCCAGCUUUGUCAGGUUGUUAAUCAUUUAUUUCAGAACUUGUGCAACACAACACGUUUACUGUCCGCCGCAGCAUUAUUACAGGUAUUAUUAUUAUUAUUAUUAUUCCUAUUAUUCAUAUUAUUAUUCCGAUUUUUAUUUGUAACUUUUUUUUUUUUUGCUCUGUGUAAUUACUAUUUUCAAUAGUACCAGGAGUAUUUAUUAAGGGUUUAGUGUAGAUUUUUGGGCUGUGGAAUGAAAUAAUGGAAUUAUAAUGUAUUCUUAUAAGGAAAUCUUGCUCGACAUACGACCAUUUCGACUUACAAACAAGGCCCUGGAACGAAUUGAAUUCGUAUGUAGAGGUACCACUGUAUUUUGUGUUGCACUACUAUCAGUACCGAUACGGCACUGAAACGACGAUAUCGAUAUUGGGCAGUACGAAGAAAUAACAUGCCAUUGCUGUGCAAUAUGUACUUUUUGAGAUCUUAGUUUCCAACCAGCAUUCACCGUUCCUAAAACCAUGAGAGACGUCCAAACAUGUGGUGUCCAGUCAUCUUUCGACUGCGAAUUAAAAUGACGUAAUCACUAUUAGGUGUCCAAUCCAUUUGAACUGUCCACAAUUUGAUAUCUUUCGCCGUCAAUGGCAGACAAUGAGUUAAGCAGUAUCUGACCAAGCAGUGAUAGCAAAUACAGGUAGUCCCCGGGUUACGAUGGGCCCGACUUUCGGGAUUUCCACUUUUCGACGCCUGAGUCUCGUUUUUAUGUUGGAUUUUUUUUUUUUUUUUUGUGAUGCAUGCUUUUAUUUUGGCACAGGAAACGUAGAACAGGAAGCGAGCGCAUGUACAGACACGCCCCUCCCACACACGCACACAGAAAGCUGCCGAGUGACAAAGGUGCGCAUUCGUUGCUUGUGAAGCAUCCAGAGGCGACGGCCGUGUAAACCCCCCCCCACCCCCCUUUUUUUUUUUUUUACUGUUUAUUGUGCGUUUUCAAUUGUGGUGAACUACUUGGGGCGAGUUUCUGAUUUUUGCUGACGUGUGGAUGCCAACUGAUACAUGCAAAUCAUUUGUUACUGCUGUAUCAGCAGCUACUUGUAAACACAACUUUGAUUUGCUGUUACUGAAGAUGAGACUGAGAUUUCAUUUUAGUUUUGUUCUGCAAGUGGUGAUGUCAUGAGCAGCUGAAUAAAGUCAGCAAACCACACAGACGUCUGACAUCGUCAUUUCAGAGUUUAGCUCACUGUCUAGCAAGGGCGUAGGGACAUAACACUAGCAACUUUUCAGGAUGCUGAAAAUUUUCCCACCAACUUUUAAACAUUAUAUAAUGAUUUGAGGUAUAUAGGUAAUUGUAAAGACAGUAUUGACCCUACCAUUAUUAAGUGAAUUACAGUACUUUCAUUAUGCGCAGACUUUCAUUGACCCCUUUACACUAGCUGAAUGUUUUCCCCUAAAACGCAUGUUUAAUUGGCUGAUGACUUGACACCCCACACACACACAUGCGCAUUCACAGCCCUGACCGAAAUACAACAUGCCGCCUCCUCCGCCCUCUUUGAAAACGACGGCUAUUAGAAGUUUCUUCCCUCCAGCAGCAGCCCUGUAAGUAAUGUAAACAGACGUCAAUGUUGUGAAGGUGGGGAACACAUCACUAAUUUUGCUACUGAAGUCUGACCUGCAUCAGAGUUAGCAUAACAUUCUUUGAAUUUCUGGAACUCUGGAAGGAAGCUGCUUUGAGAGAAAUAUUAAUAUUAGGGCUGUCAAAAUUAUCGCGUUAACGGGUGGUAAUUAAUUUUUUAAAUUAAUCACGUUAAAAUAUUUGACACAAUUAACGCACAUGCCCCGCUCAAACAGAUUAAAAUGACAGCAGUGUUAUGUCCACAUGUUAGUUGUGUUUUUUGGUGUUUUGUCGCCCUCUGCUGGCGCUUGGGUGCGACUGAUUUUAUGGGUUUAAGCACCAUGAGCAUUGUGUAAUUAUUGACAUCAACAAUGGCGGACUACUAGUUUUUUUUUUUUUUUAAUUAAAAAUUUUACAAAUUUUAUUAAAACGAAAACAUUAAGAGGGGUUUUAAUGUCAAAUUUCUAUAACUUGUACUAACAUUUAUCUUUUAAGAACUACAAGUCUUUCUAUCCAUGGAUCAUUUUAACAGAAUAUUAAUGUUAAUGCUAUCCUGUUGAUUUAUUGUUAUAAUAAACAAAUACUGUACUUAUGUACAGUAUGUUGAAUGUAUAUAUCAGUCUUGUGUCUUAUCUUUCCAUUCCAACAAUAAUUUACAGAAAAAUAUGGCGUAUUUUAUAGAUGGUUUGAAUUGCGAUAAAUUACGAUAAAUUUUUAAGCUGUGAUUAACUCGAUUCAAAAUUGCAAUCGUUUGACAGCCCUAAUUAAUAUUAAUGUUAAUUAAACUGUAAAAAAUGUAGUGAACCAAGGUUUACCACCUUCUCCCCAGUUUUUUAAAAAAAAUUUUAUUUAUGUGGUCUUAAAGCAGCCCAUAGGAGCUUUCAUUUUUUGUUGAGUUUGGCUGUGCUAGUGAACAAAAAGCAGUAGUGUUUUACUAGAAGGAAGGCUCCAUUUUUUAAUUUUUUGUUAGGGUAAGGGUUAUCGUCCCUACCAAUAUUAAGACCAAACCUACGCCCUUGCUGUCAAGCUAGGACUUAGCUCCAACGUCUUGGCGAGGACAGUACAAUGACGUAAAAUACAUAUUUUUGGAUAGCUUUUUUUUUUUUUUUUUUUUUUUUAUUUAGAGGAUUUUUUGAGGUAUUUAAAGGGUUAAUUCCAACUUGCAUGGAAAUCAUCGCCAGCCCAGGAACGCGUUCGUGAAACGGGGACUACCUGUACUUUACAUUCGAGUAUGCAGUAAUUUAGUAUUAAAAAGUGGAAAAAAAUGUUCAUAUUUUCAGACAAUAUGAUAUCGGUACAGUAUCAACGUGGUGUCGGAAUGGGUAUUGGUGCAACACUGCUCACCCAUUGCUUUUCACUUCCCUAGAGCACAGUUUAUUUGACCAUCACUCGUAUCUCAAUUCUUUCCUCCAAAUGAACAAACAACCACUUGUGGAUCAAGAAACUCUGAGUCAAUUACGAGAGUAUGUGAAAAGGACUUUUUGGCAACAGACAAAUCCGGAAUCCCUAACUUUUUGUGAGUUGUGUAUGUUCCUGAUGGAUGUUUUUGUAAACAAUCAAAGAAUUUAAGAGUGAAAAUCCAAUUGAUAAACGCAAUGCUGUGCAUUGCGAUCCAAAGGGGUAGGGGGACUUUGAAAGUCACUGAGCCUUAACACGGGCAAUUACAGGUCAGUUCCUCUGUAGCACAAAAAGCCUUCUGGACUCUCAAGAGGAGCAAUAGUGAAGGAAGUGACCUGUUUUUUCUGUUGUUUUUUUUUAACGGCCCGAGCACGUCGUGGUGGUGCGUAAGGCCCUUUCAGAAUCAUUGAAUGGAUGACAGGCCUUUUGGGGUGGGAUGUGCAACCAUGCCUGAAAAUCUACAUUUUGCACACCCUGGUGAAAAUGUAUCUAAGGGGUUCCCAACACAACUCAUUCUGUAAUACCCCCUGAAAAGUUUGGGGGAAAAAAACUAACAGCGGUUUUAAUUGGAAUUAAUGAGAGUGAAAGGGUCAGUCAUUGUUUUUGAAUCUAGCCUUUUCGGCAAAUUCAAAGUUUGAUAAUGAUUUGGAAGAUUUUUGAAAACUUUCUCUUUCAAGCAGUUAUUGUGGGUACAUUUUCAGGGCUUGUAUUAGGUAUUCCGCCCAAAAUGGUACCAGAGGCAUCCCAGACACAAGGGAUAUGCCAAAUUGUGUUUUUGUUUCGUUUGUUGUUGUUUUUUUUUGCCUGCACCACGUAAUGUGGGCAGAGCACGGCGUGAUUGUUCGAAAAUGGGUUUGCGGGGGGCCCGCUCAUCGCUACUCGUGGCUCUAAUGAUGUUUUUAGGUUGUUCUUUUCCCUCGUUGUUAGUUUGUUUACACAACGUCCGGCUUCACUGCAGUUAUUGUAUGACCAGGAAAUGUUUACAUUGUGCGCACUCGUGUCUAGCGGGGCACAUUACAGUAUAUGUCAUCGAUGGGCAAAGCAAAUGUUUGUUUUUAAAUCACCCCGAGGAGAAAAAAAAAAAAAAAAAAGAGGAAAAAAAACUCAUGUAUACAGUAUGACAUUUAGCACUUGUAAAACUUCGACAUGUGUUUGAUGCUUUGAAAAAAAACAAACUGUUUCCAUGUUUAAAUAGAAAAAUGUUCAUUGUGGGCGAGGUGAAAAAGGGAGAAAGGACUCUAAUGGACUCCUCGGGCACCCCAGGGGCACCCGCUUUUGUUAAUGGUAAAACUACCAGUAAUUUAUGUUUGUGUUUAUACAUAACUAAUAAAGUACAGAUUUUGGAUGGUCUCUUUGCAUAUUUCUCCUUAUAUACAGUAAAAGCAACCGAAAGCAAAAUUCUAGGCCAAAACCGAAUAUUGGAAACACUUGGCUGAAAAGCCGAAUAAUACAUGUGUAUACAAUUCAUUUUUUAAUUUCAUUUUUCAAAAAUUAUUUUGUUUCAUUAUUUCCCAACAAAUGCCAUUUGCUUUGGCCUUUUUUAACCUGUCCAGUUCAGCUGCUUGACACAGAGAAUGGAAAUCUGAGUAUCCGAUUUGAUUGAACGGUUUUAAUGUAUCACAUUGGAGCAGGACUGUCAACAGACUUGCAGGGGCCCGGGGACAUGAGACCAUUAUAGGGCGAUGACAGUGUACAUUUUCUAAUUAUUUAAUUUGAGAUGGACAGUUAAAUUUGAAAGACCGUAAUGUGAUGUGACACAAUAUACAGUGGGGAAAAUAAGUAUUUAGUCAACCACUAAUUGUGCAAGUUCUCCCACUUGAAAAUAUUAGAGGCCUGUAGUUGUCAACAUGGGUAAACCUCAACCAUGAGCGACAGAAUGUGGGAAAAAAACAGAAAAUCACAUUUUUUGAUUUUUAAAGAAUUUAUUUCCAAAUUAGAGUGGAAAAUAAGUAUUUGGUCACCUACAAACAAGAUUUCUGGCUGUCAAAGAGGUCUAACUUCUUCUAACGAGGUCUAACAAGGCUCCGCUCGUUACCUGUAUUAAUGGCACCUGUUUUAACUCAUUAUCGGUAUGAAAGACACCUGUCCAAAACCUCAGUCAGUCACACUGCAAACUCCACUAUGGCCAAGACCAAAGAGCUGUCGAAGGACACCAGAGACAAAAUUGUAGACCUGGGAAGACUGAAUCUGCAAUAGGUAAAACGCUUGGUGUAAAGAAAUUCACUGUGGGAGCAAUUAUUAUAAAAUGGAAGACAUACAAGACCACUGAUAAUCUCCCUCGAUCUGGGGCUCCAUGCAAGAUCACACCCCGUGGCAUCAAAAUGAUAACAAGAACGGUGAGCAAAAAUCACAGAACCACACGGGGGGGACCUAGUGAAUGACCUACAGAGAGCUGGGACCACAGUAACAAAGGCUACUAUCAAUGUGCACAACAAUGCGCCGCUAGGGACUCAAAUCCUGCACUGCCAGACGUGUCCCCCUGCUGAAGAAAGUACACGUCCAGGCCCGUCUGCAGUUCGCUAGAGAGCAUUUGGAUGAUCCAGAAGAGGACUGGGAGAAUGUGUUAUGGUCAGAGGAAACCAAAAUAGAACUUUUUGGUAGAAACACAGGUUCUCGUGUUUGGAGGAGAAAGAAUACUGAAUUGCAUCUGAAGAACACCAUGCCCACUGUGAAGCAUGAGGGUGGAAACAUCAUGCUCUGGAGCUGUUUUUCUGCAAAGGGACCAGGAUGACUGAUCUGUGUAAAGGAAAGAAUGA